AAAUCAAUCUCAUUUUGUUUUUCUUUUGUGCUAAGAAAAUAUCUUUCAGCAGUUGAUCAAAGAUUCAAGCCCCAUAUUCUCUCUCUCUCUCUUUGAACUUUGAAUUUUCAUUGUUAAUCCAAGCUCCAAACAGUUUUCUCAUGCUCAUCAAUGGCGGCCUUAUGGAGAAUUACAUGAACUAAUGGGUAUUGAGGAUUUUGUGCGAGAAGCUUCAAAGCUCCGAAUCUAUGGCGGAAAUGGAUGGUUCAUUUGAUCUUGUAGGAGAGUUGACGAAGCUGAUUCGAAUAUGGGAAGGACGAUCCAAAUUUCAUGGUUGAAUAGAGCUGGGCCCGAUAUGAAAGGGCUCCACAGUGGGGAGUUUUAGAUGUUCAUUUUCAAAAAGGUUUGGCCAUGGAAAUCAACCUCGAGACUGCAGUAGAUUCAUGGCGGACCGCCGGAAAUGGCUACGUCGCCGGAAAAUUCCAUUUUACUCGUAUGAUUGGUCAACAGAGUAUGAGCUCUUCAUCAACUCAAAUCUAUGCUUCAAGGAUGGGCAUCUAUGAGCCAUUUCACCAGAUCAAUUCAUGGGCAAAUUCAUUUGGUAGCCGACUAGAUACGAGCAUAUCGCCUGUUAUAAAAGUGGAUGACUCUGUAGACAAUAAAACCGAGUUUGUUCCUUUUGAAUCGAUGGAUCAUCAUGAGAGCAGUCAAGAAAUGAACAAGCCAAUCGACGAUAAGGUACAAAGACGUUUAGCACAAAAUCGAGAAGCAGCUCGUAAAAGCCGUAUGAGGAAAAAGGUUUAUGUGCAGCAGUUAGAAACUAGCCGUUUGAAGCUGGCACAGUUGGAGCAGGAGCUAGAAAGAACCAGGCAACAGAAGGGUACCAGCAGCUUAGUAGAUACCAGCCAUUUAGGAUUCACCGGAUUGGUAAACCCAGGGAUUGCUGCAUUCGAGAUGGAAUACAAUCAGUGGGUUGAAGAGCAACAGAGACAGAUCAACGAACUCAGAAAGGCAUUGCAAGUUCAUACAACUGAUAUAGAACUCCAAAUUUUAGUGGAGAGCAGCUUAAACCAUUACCACAAUCUAUUUUGCAUGAAAGCCAGUGCUGCGAAGGCUGAUGUUUUCUAUUUAAUGUCUGGUGUUUGGAGAACAUCGGCAGAGCGUUUUUUCCUCUGGAUAGGAGGAUUUCGCCCAUCAGAGCUGCUAAACGUUCUCAAGCCAUACUUUGAGCCAUUAAAUGAACAACAAAGAGCCGAUAUCCACAAGUUGCAACAGUCGUCUCGGCAAGCCGAAGAUGCGCUCACUCAGGGAAUGGAAAAACUGCACCAGAAUCUAUCCCUCAGCAUGGCCAGUGAUCCUAUAGGAAGCUAUAUUUCUCAGAUGGGUGAUGGAAUGGAGAAACUAGAAGUAUUGGAGAGCUUCGUAAGCCAGCCGAGUGUGUGUUACUCUUUUCUUGAACAGGCAGACCAUCUCAGGCAACAAACUUUGAAGAGAAUGUCUCACAUCCUAACCACCAAACAGGCAGCACAAGGCUUGCUCGCUUUGGGCGAGUACUUCCACCGUCUCCGCAUUCUCAGUUCGCUCUGGGCCACUCGACCUCGUGAACCUGCCUAGCCAUUAAAAGCUCAGACAUGUUCCAGUCACCAUAAUAUUCAAUACCAUAAGGCAUAGACUACAAGGAACGUAUACUUCUGCCUCUCAUGUAAAAAAGGGAUGCAAAUCCUGUUAUAAGUUCCACUGCUAGCCACAUUUUAGUAAGCAAGUUCUGGUUUUCAAAAUGUAAAUAUCAAUAGUUCUUAUAAUGCUGCAGCUGUAAGAAACUUAGUUGAUUAACUUUAUAUAGUAAAAUUAUAUUUUUGUAAUA